AAUAGGUUGAAUGAACACACACAUGAGUCAAUGUUGUGUUACAAUAUGUACUGAAUAUAUAUAUAUUUAGAUACUUGUAUUUCAAAUCUUUACCAACAUGUCUCGUAGAAAGUGAAUCUGAUCGUACCUUUUGCAAGAGAAAUGGGAGUUGCUACUUUAGACCAUGAAAAUUACUGGACCUCCAAAUUAUUAAACCGCAUCUUGGUCUACAAAGAGCAACAGAAAAAAGUAAACGCAACUGGAAAGCACAGAUAUCUGUUCCUCAAAACAUCAUCCCAUGCUUGUAACGACAAAGGUACUAUCGAUGACCAGAUGAGAGAGUGAAUUGAAAAUAUUUCUUUGAAACCAAUCGAAAAUCAAGAAAAAAAGUAUUGUUGCGGAAGAAAAUACAUGUCACUGUGUCCAAACUUGCUAUCUGCAAAAUAACAAAGAUUAAAGUAAGAAUUAUUGAAGCCAUGAGUAUAUCAAAUUAUUUUGCGAAUAUUAGCAAACUUGCUUCAUAUUCAACCUGGAAGGGUCAACAAUCAUCAAUUGUGUUAGCUGGCAAAGGGUUUAGCUAUAGUGGCCAUAAUUUUAUAAUCAAAUGUGACGAGUGUGAUGCUGCGGUAGAUAUGGAGCGCGAGGAUGUUAUAAAUUUGACAAAUAAACAUGCUGAAAGUUGCAGGAUAAGACAAUUAAUACAGCCGAAACCAUCAAAUCAAUACAAAGAAGCCCUGAAAGUUUUAUCAUCUCGCCAAACACAACAUUUGCCAGAAGCUUGCAUGGCAGACAUAAACAUAUACCCGUCUGUAGCAUCUAUUAUGGGUGCUCCGAGCGACGAAUGUCCUUGCUCUUCUUGCAGUAGGAGCACUAUCUUUUUACCCGGCCCGGAAACAGCGAGAGAUAAGUAUGGAUUACCAAGGCUAUUUGGGAAAAGGUUAAUCCUCAAACUCAAGAGAAGAAUAGAGGAGAACAAUGGUCCAAUUCAUUCUCAAUUUGAGGAUGAAGCUCAUCGUCGACAGAGUUUUGAUUUACAUUAUGUAAAUGACAUGAACAGAGCUAUUCAGGCAGAAGCAGGGUUUUUUACUAUGGAAGAGAGAAGGGAAGAUAGAGUGUGCUUCUAUUGUGAUGGUUGUCUUAGAAAAGAUGUCCUUACUUUAGAUCCUUGGAGAGAACAUGCCCGUUGGUUUCCAGUCUGCCCUCAUGUCCUACAAAAGAAAGGAGAAAGAUUCGUUCAUGAUGUGCUAUAUGACACUAAAAUUCUUAAAAGACAUCUUAAAGGUCUUAAUAGGCCAACAAAGAUGGAAACAUGUAUAGUUGUAGACGCUCUGGAUGCUGGAUAUCCUAGAUGCCUUAUAGAAGAAACAAUACAGGGUUUCUUUUAUGAAUAUGGAAGUUUUCCCGAUAGCGAAGAGAUGUUUGGUUCAUUAGAAAGCAUAAAAGAUUGGAAAACAUUUCCAUAGCACAAUUAGAGUUUUAUGAAUGUCCGCUGUAAAAAACAUUAGUGUUAAAUUUUUAACACCUGGUACAAUAAAAAUUGUUUAGAUAUGCUAUGUAAAAAAAAAAAAAACAUUCGUUGCACUAACAAUACUAUGGUUUGCAUGUGCACAAGUACUAGAAAAGACUACUUGGAAAAUAUUCCAGAGUUGUAUAAUAUUGGAAGAUCGUGGAAGCAUUCUAACAUUUGUGUAAACAAACAUUUUUAUCAUAACGUAUAAAAUGAGGAGUUGAAAUAAAAAAUAACGGAAUGGAAGACUGCAUCUUGACAUCAGAAAGAAAAGUGGAAUUUUCGUCUCUCUUGUGUUAAUAUUGUGCAAAGGGAAAUAAUCAAAUGUUUGCCACAAUUUCCUAAACUAUUGAACACAACUAUUGUUGAUAAAAUUUAAAUGAUUUGUUGUUAUGUAUUGCCAUUUUUUGUAAUCAUGUCUCAAUGAUUGGGACCAUUUAUUGAUUCAACAAAUAAAUAUUGAAUGACAUAAAGAAUACACGAAGCAGGGGUUCCUAAACCAGGAUAAGGGGAGGGGUGUUCCAACUAUAUGUCCCCAUUCAAAUGCAUUGAUCGUCAAAAAAAUAGGGGGUUCCGACUCCCGGAACCACCCACCUUGGAUCCGCCACUGCGAAGACCGUUUGUUGUAAAUAUAUAUUUACAUAAACGACAGUGCAGAAUUCUUUGUGUCAUAAAUCAGAUGUUUUUAAAAUUAUUUAGAUAUAAGAAGAUGUGGUAUGAGUGCCAAUGAGACAACUCUCCAUCCUAGUCAAAAUUUAUAAAAGUAAACCAUUGUUUGUAUAAAUAUUUGACAAAGGCGUCAUGUAAUAUCACCAUUUGAGAAAAUAUUGAGAAGUAGCUUUCGAAUAAAAAGUUGACAAUGAUAAAAACAUUUCUUGACUUUAGGACCUCCUCCCCCACCUGGGACUAUUAUACUAACUUAUACUUAGUAUAAUAGUCCCAGCUCCCACACCGUGCUCCAAAUUAAAGUUUUGACUUAAAACAAACAACACGGUACCAUUCUAUUGAACUUAAAAAAACUUUUUUUUUUGCAUACAGUGACGGUUGUAGGAAUUUUAAGAAGGGAACAGAUGUGACCAUGGCACCAGAGGCUUAAAUAAAUGAAUCUGGUGUAUACAUACGCAUCUGCAUCAGACUUCUUUCUUUUCUUACCAUAUGAUGGCAUAUCUCCUGUUAAAUAACAUAUUAAUUCUGCCAUACAUAAUAAUGAUAUUUAUGAUGGCGGAAGACUAUUUAAAUGAUUGUAUAAAUUGCAGAUUUUGAAUGUAAAUAUAAUUCAAAUUAGUAUUUUUUCACAAAAUAAAAGACUACCGAAAUCUAAUAAGGUAGCAACCAUUUAACUUCAAAGGGGUGGGUUAAGGUUUUUUGUCCAAGUCAGAAAAUUUUUUUCACGCACAGCGCUAUCAAUUUUAUGUAGUUUUUCAACGCUAUCAAUCAAAUUAUUUUUUUCAAUAUUUAACACUAUAAGGUAUGGGCAAAAACUGGAUUCAGAAUAUUUUUUGAAUAUCUAAUACCCCCCCCCCUUUUUGAAGUUAAAUGAUCGUUCCCUAAUUUUAAAUAUUAAAUAAAUUUACCAUUAAGUCUAUUUUGUGAUAAGAGCAAAUACAUUUGUAAAGAGCCUUAGCUUAAUAUGCUAAAAAGCUCCUGUGAUAUAUUGUUAACAUUAAUCUCUUAGCUUUAGAUCCGAAAUCUGUCUUUAUUAAACACUCUUUAUUAGGCUGUUUGUUUCUUCAUCAAUAUCUGAAACUUAAAUGCCAUGCUUAUUUAAAGUGAAUCAUAUAUUUUGAUGAAAGUUAUAUAAGAUAACUUUUGUAUUACUAUUGUUAAUUAUAAUAAUGUUAAUAUAUAUUUUUCUAUUAUCAUAUUUAUAACAUCUUCACUUAUUUACAAAAGAAUAUGUAAUGGAUAUCUUAUCAUUAUGGUAAUCGAGUUGUCAUAUAUGGAUUGCAUCUAGAUAUUUGUGUACUAGGAUGUUAUCUGGAAAUAUCAUUAUUUAAGACCACGUAUAUGGCCUGCUUCACGAUGAACACAUUUUUUGGGUCAAGUAAUAAUAAAAAAUUAUCAUUGCAGAGAGUUUUCCUUGCAAUCGAAAUGAUGUUUGGUUUUAUUGGAAAGCAUCAAACUUUUGAAAACGCUUCCAGACUACCAUGAUAGUCUUUAUAUUUUCCAGGAAAAAAUGAAUCGUUAAUUUAAACUUUUUAAAAUAGGAUAUAAUUUUUUACCAAAUUUGAUAUACUGUCAUGCUGUCAUUUGUAAUCCAAUCGGCAAUCCUCGGGUGAAUCCGCUACUCUCCUUCUAUCGUUAGAUGAAGGUACGGAAUCGGCCGAGUUGUGACGAAUGAUUUGUAAUCAUGACCUCAAUGGACCCUUUAUUGGUUUGAUAAAAUAUUCCAGAACUAUGUACUAUGAUGAUAAACAGAAACGAAGAUUUUUUUAAUCCAUAUCCUUUGACGAAACCUUAGUUGUCAGUGCAGUUUUUUUCCCUUUUCUUUCUUUAUUAUAAAUGUUUGUAGUUGACUUUUGUAUGUAUAUAAUAAGUUAAUGUAGCAAUGCAGAUAAUGAAUCCAGCAAGAGCAUUGCAUGAUUUCGCACAGUUAAUUGCAAUAUUUAGAAAUAACUCUUGUAACAAGAGUUAGAACUUCAAUGUUGACAUGUAAUUGUGCAGUCCUUUUCUGUAAAUUGACUGUUCAUAAAAUUGAUUGUACAAAUUUAUUUUGAUAUAGUGCAAGAUGAACAAUUUGAAAUCCAAUAUAAUGGAAUGAUUGAAUGUGUUUUAAAAGUGGGACAUUUGUCUUCUCUGUGAUUAUAUUAUACAAAGAGACAUAAACCAAUUUGGUCAUGAGUUAUUAAUUGAUACUCAUUAUAACUAUUGUUGAUGAAAAAUGAUAUUGUAUUUUUCAGUUAUUUUUCCUCUUUUCGUGUUAAUUGCUGUAUAUACAAUUAUUGUCAAUAUUUGAUGUACUCGCAUGUACUUAUCAUUUUUUGUUGUUGUUAAUAUUGACAUCAAUGGCACCUUUGUUGGUUCGAUGAAAUGUUCAGGGAUAUGGAAUGACAGUAAGAAUAAACGAAGAACUUUUAGUUUAAAUCUAUCAUUCGUUUAACAAUUUGUUGUGUCACUGCAGUUUUUUUCCCUUUCUUUUGUAUUAUAAUUUAAUCCUUUAUGUUUGACUUUUGUAUGUAUAUAGUAAGUUAAUCAUUGCAAUGCAUCUGAUAGAUUAAUCCAGCAAUUGCAUUGCAUGAUUUAUCUCCGUUUAAUGAAAUAUUUUAAACUAGCUCUUAAAACAAUACUCCAUUCUUGACAUAAAAUGUCAUUGGUACUGUCAUUUUUGUGUAAAAUUACUGUUCAUUAAUAAUUUCUCAUAAGAGUCAGGGGAGGAUCCAGCCAUUUAUAAAAGGGGGUUCCUAACCCAGGAUAAAGGGGGGGGGUUCCAACUAUAUGUCCCCAUUCAAAUGCAUUGAUCGUCAAAAAAAAGGGGGGGGGGGGGUUCCAACCCCCGGAACCCCCCCCUGGAUCCGUAUCUGAGAGUUCUGAAUAAAGAUUGUGAGACUUGGACUAAUGUGCUAAGAAGCUCAAUAAAACCAUAUAUUCACAAACAAGUAAGAGAAAAAAAUAUAAUUUUAUAUAAAGGAGUAUAGUGCUCAAGAAGUGUCGAUAUUUGCACUAAAAUUACUUGCAAUUUAAGUUGAGUAAAUUUCAUACACAUUUGAUGAAAACAUAUUUAAAAAUAUCUAGAAAAUACAAAGUUAACAAGUUCAGAUGCAUUACAUCAGUAAUGGUGUCAUAAAGAAAUCAUAAUUCUUAACUCUUAUUAAAUUUUAAUUUGACUAAUUUGUUGUUCCAAAUAUGAUAAUGUUUAAUUCUACCAUAAUUUUUUUGUUAUGAUGUGUAUCUCGCCCAUAUGCAUCAUUUUAUUAUAUUUGUUAUUGAAGGAUGCAGUCAAUGUUUUUUUAGAAGAAAAUAUAAUUUGAAAAUGAAUUAAAACAGGAAAUGUGGCUACAAAAUUUGUAAAUUAUCAUACUUUUGAGGCUUUGAUCUUUAAGAAUAUUUAAAAAAAUAAUAUGUCUAAUUUGUCAAAAUAUAAAUAUUUCAAUUCGUAAAUAUUGAUGAAUAGACAUGAUGUUAAAAUGUCUAAUUUUGAAGACCAAAUGUAGACCACCAAGUCCUACUCCUUUUUGUAGUAUCUAAAAACAAGAAUGUGUCCAUAGUACACGGAUGCCCCACUCGCACUGUCAUGUUCUAUGUUCAUUGGACCGUGAAAUUGGGGUCCAAAUCUAAUUUGAAAGAUCAUAUCAUAGGAAACAGUAUAUUAAGUUUCAAGUUGAUUGGACUUCAACUUCAUCAAAAACUACCUUGACCAAAAACUUUAACAUGAAGCGAACAGACCGACGGACGGACGGACGACGGACGCAUAGACCAGAAAACAUACUGCCCCUUCUACUAUUGUAGGUGGGGCAUAAAAACAGAAAGCCCAGACUUAAGGUCGAUCAAAUCAUAGUGAAUAUUACACGAGAUAAGUUUUAUUAUCGAUCAUUAAUAAAAUUAAUACUUCAAUAUUUUUCCAACGUUACAAAUGAUAAAAAUAUUCCAUUUGUCAUUGAAUGUUUCGAUAUAUAUUUUAUCGUGUUAUAAUUGUACAUAUAUAUAUAUAUUUAUAUAUCAAAUGUAAACAUUUUUGUUACUAUUUAUUAUUGUUGCGUCUUUGUAUUAUUAAUUAUCCUAUAUAGGUCCAACUGGUGCCAACGUAUGGUAAAUGAUACAUUUGUGAUUUUUUGCAGAAAUAUUGACAAACAAUUCAUUUCAAUUAUCAAAUUCCAUAAAAAAAAAUGUCCUACAAAGAAAGAACUGCUUCCAAACUCUAUGACCGUGAUAUUUAUUAUCCAAAUUUAGAUUUACAGUUAGGAAACAAAAUUAUUAUCGCUAAAAUGAUUCUGUUGGACUUGUCAAGUUUCUGCGUUGUUAUGUUUCUCUUUUCAAAUUAUAUAAAAUUGGCAAUGUUAUUUUAUUCAUAAAAGAAGCAAAGUUUGGUUCAUAUGAAAUCCAUAUGUUAACUUUAUUUUUGUAAUAAUAAAACGUUUACCAGUU